GAUAUUUCGUGAGUCAACCACAAAAUCUAUCCGUUAAAACUCAUGGUUACUGGGCUCUCUUCCAGAAUUCAAAGAUGGCGAGUCGCCUCUCCCACCAUCUUCUCUGCAUUCGCUCUCCAUACACCAGCCCAUCUUCUAAUUCCCCAAAGCUCGUCACAAACCCUAAUUGUGCGGUUCGGGUCCGAGCCGUUCCCAGAACAUCGCCUCGACAAAACCCCAGUACUUCGUUGGAGACUUCUUCCAAAGAACUCAAACACCCAAUUUCGAGUAAACGAGGAGAUAGAUCCGACUCAAAUUCAUCAUCUGUUUCGACAUUGUUUGGUUCGUUUUCGGUUCUUAUUCGUCGGUUGAGAGAUGGGUUUGGGGCUGAUGAGCUUGGAUUAGAGAUUCUGUCCAUUGCAUUGCCUGCUGCAUUGGCUCUUGCUGCCGACCCAAUUGCGUCCCUCGUUGAUACUGCUUUUGUUGGCCAUUUGGGAUCGGUUGAAUUGGCAGCAGUUGGGGUAUCUGUUUCAGUGUUUAAUCUGGUCUCAAAAUUGUUUAAUGUUCCUUUGCUCAACAUCACAACAUCCUUUGUUGCUGAAGAGCAGGCAUUAGUUAGUAAGAGUGAGAACGAAUCUAUUCAAAUUGGCCAAGAUCAUGUAAAUGGUCACAAGAGAAAGAUGCUCCUUCCUUCAGUAUCAACUUCUUUGGCACUUGCUGUUGGCAUUGGCAUUGCAGAAGCUGUUGCACUCUCUGUUGGCUCGGGUUUCCUAAUGAAUAUCAUGGGUAUACCUGUUGAUUCACCAAUGCGCAUACCAGCUGAGCAGUUUCUUACCCUAAGGGCCUUUGGUGCUCCACCAAUUGUAAUUGCACUUGCUGCACAAGGAACUUUUCGUGGAUUUAAGGAUACAAAGACACCUCUAUAUGCUGUUGGUGCUGGCAACUUACUGAAUGCAAUAUUGGAUCCAAUUUUGAUAUUUCUUCUUGGUCUUGGCAUUGGUGGUGCUGCAAUUUCUACUGUAAUUUCUGAAUAUUUGAUUGCUUUUGUCCUCCUAUGGGAGUUGAAUGACAAAGUGUUUCUCAUCUCUCCAAACAUUGAUGGAAUGAGGAUUGCCCGGUAUCUAAAAUCUGGCGGCCUACUAAUUGGCAGGACCUUAGCAGUGCUUGCAACUAUGACACUUGCAACAUCUAUGGCAGCAAGAGAGGGCACUAUACCAAUGGCAGGUCAUCAGAUUUGCCUACAAGUUUGGUUAGCAAUAUCCUUGCUUACUGAUGCUUUAGCCCUUUCUGGCCAGGCUCUUCUUGCCAGUGGCUACUCCCAAGGGAAUUAUGAGGAAGCACAGCAAGUAAUUUACAAAGUCCUCGAGAUGGGUUUAGCUACAGGAAUUGCUUUGGCUGUUAUCCUUUUCCUUGGCUUUGGGGCAUUUGCUAGCUUAUUCACAACAGAUUUGGAAGUUCUGGGGAUUGCCUGGUCUGGUAUAUUGUUUGUUGCUGGAUCUCAACCAAUGAAUGCUAUUGCAUUUGUUAUUGAUGGACUCUACUAUGGGGUUUCAGACUUUGGAUAUGCUGCCUACUCCAUGGUAUUAGUUGCACUAAUAUCUUCAGUGUUCCUGUUGCUGGCUGCUCCUGUAUGUGGUUUGGCUGGAGUCUGGACUGGGUUGUUUCUCUUCAUGACCUUGCGUGUUGUAGCUGGCAUUUGGAGGUUGAGCACUAGAAGUGGGCCAUGGAAAAUGAUCUGGUCCAAGUCUGAGAUGGAACAGGAAAGUGACUAAGAUACUCAAGUUCGGCCUAAAAUUUUCCAUCUUCUGCUCAUGAUGGUGACUGCCAUUGGGGUCAUGGGACAUGACACAUUAAAGUGCUCCAGAUUUUAUUAACCAUUGGAUCAACCACUUUAAGCAGUACUUCGACUUAGAUAUUGUGCUGUGGUUUUAGCAUCCCUAUUCUUUUAUUGAGGCUGGCUAAAUUUUAUUGGUGAGGAUGGCUCUCAAUAGGCUGUUGACUAGUUACCAGAGAUGAGAUGCUGGCACUUCGGGAACAAAUGGGAGGUAACAUAUGGCAAGGGUUUCAAAUGCAAGUUGCUUGUCUCCAAAUCCACCAUGUUCUAAUUCAGAUUAAAAAUAUCUUGUAUAUUCUCCUUUUUCCUCUGACCAGUAGCUCAGCAUACUAGCAAUCAGAGGUUGAUAUUCUCUACAUGUUGCCUUGCAACAAUAUAUUAUGAAGAGAAGGUAUCUCA